AUGGGGGGCCCCCCCACCAAGCUCCCGGGAGAGAAAGAAAAGUUGCUGCUGCAUCUGCUGCAGGUGUAUGGUGAGGAGAAGCCUUGGGGGGCCCCUUGGCCUUGGGGGCCCCCGGACGCAGCAGCGGCAAAGAAGGGGGGGCUGUACCCUCCAUAUCUAUUUCUUUCGCCAUACACCUGCGGGCCGCAGCAAGCACCUGCUAUCCUCUCUGUGGAUGCACGGCAACAGCAGGAGCAACAGCAGCAGGAGCAGCAGCAGCAGCAGCAGCAGCAGCAGCAGCAGCUGCAGCAGCAGCACUGCUGCUGCUGGAUUGAAGCGCACCCCAAAAGCAACACGCCAGAAGCCAGAGUCUGCUCGUCUUACCUGCAGCAGAUGCAGCAGCAAGGAGAGGUGGGUCCUCUGCAGCAGCAGCUUGGCUGGGGGCCCCCGGGGCCCUUCUCGGGGUACUACUGGGGGCCCCCCAACAGCAGCAGCAGCAGCAGCAGCAGCAGCAGCAGCAGCAGAUGCAGGGGGAGAAGCAGCAGGAGCGAGAGAUGCUUUGCUGCCUCUCCGGUGCAGCCGUUGCCAGCCACGAAAGCGUUGCAGCCCAUCAGUACCCUCUCCUCCUUCUGGGGGCCCCCUAUUGGGGGCCCCCGUACCCAGGGGGGCCCCCCGAGAAGCAGCAGAGGGGGUACUGGGGGCCCUAUACAAAAGCUUCAGAGCCAUGACGAGGAUAAGAAGGGCCUUCAAGGGAGCAAAGGGUAUUUAUAUAUAAGGUGGGUCCUCUGCAGCAGCAGCUUGGCUGGGGGCCCCCGGGGCCCUUCUCGGGGUACUACUGGGGGGCCCCCAACAGCAGCAGCAGCAGCAGCAGCAGCAGCAGCAGCAGAUGCAGGGGGAGAAGCAGCAGGAGCGAGAGAUGCAUUGCUGCCUCUCCGGUGCAGCCGCUGCCAGCCAAGAAAGCGUUGCAGCCCAUCAGUACCCUCUCCUCCAUCUGGGGGCCCCCUAUUGGGGGCCCCCGUACCCAGGGGGGCCCCCCGAGAAACAGCAGAAGGGGUACUGGGGGCCCUAUACAAAAGCUUCAGAGCCAUGACGAGGAUAAGAAGGGCCUUUAAGGGAGCAAAGGGUACUCGUGCUGACGAACCCACCAGAAGUGAAAAAACUUCGUUGGGGGCCCCUGAUGGGGGGCCCCCAGGGGCCCCCCUGCCGGGGGCCCCCAACGAAGAACACCCACAUGAGGGGGCCCCCGAACCCCCUGAGGCCCCUGAAGCAUGCGGCUAUCUCACGCCCCCUACAGAGAGAUUGGGGGGCCCCUCGCUUGAGCGGAGCAGCAGCAGCAGCAGCAGCAGCAGCAGCAGUACGAGUAGCAGCAGCAGCACGAAUACCGAUGCACGUGGGGGCCCCUCUCUGGGUACUGGAGGUAGUGGUACCCCUAUGGGUAAAUCUUCGGGGGCCCCCGAGUACCCUGGGGGCCCCCGCGAUACCCUUCUAGCUGAAACAGAAAACUUUCAUAUGAUGCAGUUCAGCCCCGUUGCCCUCACUGCGUCAUCGCGGGGGGCCCCCCAAGCGGAGAAGGGGGCCCCCUCAGAGGCCUCGAAGGAAGGCAACAAAGACGAUGGAAAGCUUCUUCGCCCAGCAGCAGCAGCAGCAGCAGCAGCAGCAGCAGCAGCAGCAGCAGCAGCAGCAGCAGCAGCAGCAGCAGCAGAGUCCCUCUAUUGA